CGAUUAUAACUAUAAUAGAAUAUUAUUCGUAUAUUGUGUAUACUUGUUAUUGUUUGCAACAAUAUGUCGGUGUGUGGUAGCUGCAAUAAGAAAAUAAGAAAUUCUGACUGGAUUACAUGUGAUAUUUGCCGAAAAAAUAUCCAUGUGGAAUGUGCUGGACUUUCUAAGCUUGAAGUGGAUUGUGUACGGUCUAAUUCCAGGAAAAUACAUUUUUACUGCGAUAAAUGCGACAUUAUUACUACGAUUAAUGACCUAAAAGACGAAAUUGAAGGUUUGAAGUCUGAGUUAAACGAAUUAAAAAACUGCCGCAACAAGGUCGAUGAUGACUCCCACAAGAAACUAUCAGACGAGGAAAUUAUCACAGAGGUUGAAGACAGAAAUCGUCGUGCAAAUAACUUAAUUUUGUAUAACCUGCCGGAAUCCGUUGAAGAGUCUGCUGUAGCGAGAAAGGAAGAUGACAUGGGACGUUGUCAAAGUAUUGUGGUUCCUAAUGCUAACACGGAUACCAUCCCUAUAGUGUCCUGUGUGAGGUUAGCUGUCUCGAAGGAAGACUCCGAAGACCACAAUCACGGCAAGCUACCCUACAACGGUUACAGCGACGAGUUCCUAGACCGCUUGGAGCCCAACGGCAACAUACCUGCUGGUAAAGGUGAUAUUAGAUACGAAUUGUACAAUGUGGCCGGUCACGAGAGGGUGAAACGGCAACUUUCCGUGUCCUCCGACAGCAAACUCCUCGACGAAGACAUUCGGGAGGAGACCAAAGUGAUACUAAGACCGAGAAAACCCCCUAGACCCAAGUCGGAAGUUUUACUCAAUCAAGGGUCCGAUCACCGGCGAACGAAGAGGUAUUCCGCUUUCGGGGGCGACUCACCGUUCGGCAAAUCGGAAGCCUACAUAAAACUAGAACAAUUAGGUGAAGGUUCAUACGCGACCGUGUACAAAGGAUUUAGCAAUUUACAAAACCAAGUCGUAGCUUUGAAAGAGAUUAGACUCCAGGAAGAAGAAGGUGCCCCGUUUACGGCGAUCCGGGAAGCCUCGCUUCUUAAAGAACUGAAACAUGCGAACAUAGUCACAUUGCACGACAUCGUCCACACGAGAGAAACUCUCACGUUUGUUUUUGAAUAUGUCCAUACCGAUCUGUCUCAGUAUCUUGAGCGACACAGUGGCGGUCUGGAUCCCCGCAACGUUCGGCUGUUUCUCUUCCAGUUGUUGAGGGGCCUAUCGUACUGUCACAAGCGCAGGGUCUUACAUCGAGACGUCAAACCGCAGAAUUUGCUCAUCAGCGAAAUCGGCGAGCUAAAAUUGGCCGAUUUCGGUCUAGCAAGGGCGAAAUCUGUCCCGAGUCAUACUUACUCACAUGAGGUUGUCACCCUGUGGUACAGGCCGCCCGACGUUCUGCUCGGCAGCACCGAAUAUUCUACCUCGCUGGAUAUGUGGGGGGUGGGAUGCAUAUUCGUCGAGAUGAUCACGGGCAUGGCGAUCUUUCCCGGAGUCAGGGAUACAUACGAUCAACUAGAUAAAAUAUUUAAGGUAUUAGGAACUCCGACAGAAGAAGACUGGCCCGGCGUGACGCGACUGCCGGGGUAUAAACUCCAUAAAAUAGGACAGUAUAGAUCUAGGAAAUUGGGGCUGUGUUGGCCGAGGUUGCACGACGUCGUCCACGGCGAAACCAUGGCGACGUCGCUCCUCCAGCUGGACCCCCAGAAGCGGUUAGGUGCCGACGAAGCAAUGGUGCACCCAUAUUUCAACGGAUUGCCUAAGAAGCUGCUAGAACUGCCCGACGAUGCUUCAAUCUUCAGCGUGGAAGGCGUACACCUAUACCAAGAGCAGUAUUCCGGAAUUAAAUGAGGAUUGUCGAAACUACCUCUCUCAGGAACCUUCUUUAAGCAAUGACCUUUCGGUCAUCUAUUCCUUCAUCGUAAAUGCUUCAAGCCACGCCUCUGUUCCACUGCUGUACAACAACCAUUGGAGUCAUGACGUUUGUUGGACAUCAGUGCGAACAUGCAGCCGACAAAAAUUUGAAAAAAAAAAACACAGAUCCAUUCCUUCCAUGGUGCUCAAUUAAUAAAACUAAGACUAGCGUCUGGUCACGAACAAAGCAAAAAUAAAGGGGCUGUUACACAGCGGACUGAGUUUCUACAAGGCUGGAAUCGCCGUUGCCUUGGCACACCGUUUUGUUUUUUCGACGUGUAUAUACAUGCAGAUUUUGUGUUGGCACCCCGCACUCACCACGCAACGCCAUCUAGUAGCCGUUCCUCUGCGCCACGUAACUAAACGAACAAGACUUAAGACUGAAUCGUGCGGAUCGUGUCUUAUUAACCAUGUCGCCAUGGUAUAGGGGGCGCUGCGGCUUGGCAGGGGAACAAAACGUGCCAAGGGGCAAAGUAGUGAUUUUUAGCGGUCGUAGGCGCAUUUAUUUCGUUUUUUAACGUUUUUCGUUCCGUUCGGGUUCUCUCGGCAAAUCGUAGGAAAUACAGGAUCUAGGCCUAAUUCAUACAUAGAGCAUGGUUUAGUUGGAUAAGUUUGCGUUUCUAGUGAAUGCUGUGAGCUCUAGAACACCAUCUUUAGUCAAUGAAUAGCGAAACAAAAGAAGUAUAAGUAGAGUAGGCCAUCUUUGGAUCAAGGCACUAAGUUAAGCGGCAAUGCACCCCUCCUGUGGUACGUCCAAACAUGCCGUCAACUUCACUUGUCAUAGUUUACGCCAUGUUGAUUAGCGGUUAGAUUUUACUAAUUCACUCUCAUGCUCAGUGCACGCUUACGUAGGCACUUGUUUCCGUCAAAAAUGACAAAUCAAAAUUCUUUUAAUAAUCGGAUGAAUCGAAUUCGCGACAUGCCAAGCUGGUGGUCUUUCUUUUCUUGGUCAUUUUUAUCGCUAUUUUUCGUUCUUUUCUUCUACGUUGUUCUUUUGGAUGUAUCGCUCUUCGAGAUGCACCACUUUUGUGUCAGUGUACAAAAUUGGUGUACAUUAUAUUAUGUGAUAGAGUUAAAUUGUUACUUUGGUUUGUUACGAGGAUGUGUUUACUGAAGGUAAAUUUUAUGAAUACCGAGGAAUAAUGGUGUACGUAAUCCUUGUACCAUGUUGCAUUGUACAUAGAAAUAGUUGUUUAUAUUAUAAGAUAAUUAUACGAAUACCGAAAUUUACUGAAUAAUAAAUGUCUUUGUAUAA